AUGCCCUUAAUAAAUUUCAGGAGAAAUAGGGCGCCUGUUAACUCUGCGCCGACUCAUCAUCCUGCUCAUUCGGUUGAACAUCUGCUCCACUCUACAGCUCCACCGGACCAGAAUCCUAUUGAGAACUACGUGGACCGCCACGCUUCAGAUCCUCGACUGGUCUACGAACAAGGCUCAAACUUGAACUUCAACCCGCCAUCUCAGUCCGAAACCGGUCAAUCUUUACGUCGUUCUCAAAGUCAACGUCAGCAUCAGCAUCAUCAACCUUCACACUCACAUUCCCACUCGCAUUCGCAACCUCAACCACAGCUGCAACAGCCACAGCCACAGCAACGUGACCGAAACUCGGCGGUCGCCCCUGAGGACCCGCAGCCUCGUCGCAGAAGGGGUCUAUUUCCAGCAGUGCGCCCAGCAUCCGGGCUGAAUUUUGAUCGCAGUCCCUCCAUCAGCAGAGGGAGACCAGUGCCACAUCCCACUUCACAACCUGUCUCGCCCCAAAAUCCUAAAGCGUUUGAUUUACAAGAUCAGCAACAACAAAAUCAACAACCCCCAUCCCUAAGUAUUCAAACCAUCAACCCGGAGGAUCAAUCCCCCACAACUGCCCCGCCCGCAUAUGAACCGCGGUCGGCGUCGCUAGCCUACCAACAUCAACACCUACAGCUUUCACAACGUUCAUUACACCAAUCGCACCCAUCGGUAGGGAGUGACAUUCAAGACUGGUCCCCCGCACAACAACAACCACCACCACAACAACAGCAGCCACAACCGCAACCGCAACUUGAAUCCGCACCACCACCAGCACCACCACCCAAACCGGGUCUUCAACUUCCCCGACCGCCUGCACUUGAACGCUCCAACACCGACCCAAAUUUGGUACAACGAAGCGCCCGACCGUCACCAACGGAUCGCACCCCGGAAUCUCCUCGUUACCUCCCCGACCACGGUAUCCGGGGCUCGACGCAACCUCGUCCCGAGCACGAUCUGGUAUUGAACACUUCCCGGCCCCCUUCCCGGCAGACUUACGAGCCGCUUUCCCCAAGUCGUCAACAGAAUCAUCCUGACGCCAUGCAGCAGGCCGCGCAGGCACCGCCCCCGGGCCAACCGACCGAUCGCCCGUCGGGACAAGAUUGUAGCCGUAGAGGGAGUACAGCCCAAAAUAUGCCGACAGAACAACAAGCUCGCAACACGCCAACAGGGUCUCGAACACGCGAGGAUCUCGAGAAUCUUGAUAUUCGGGCAUUGAUCCAAAAACAUGAUGAACUACAGAGCAAAUACUCCAAGGUCAAGCGCUACUAUUUUGAAAAAGAGGCGCAGGUCCAGCACCUUCAAAACACCGUCGCACAUCAACGAAUGGCAGUUUCUCGUACCGUGCUCGAUGACAAUGAAUACACCAACCGAUUCCAACGCCUAGACGGCGCCAUAAAGGAUUUAGCAUUUUCCGUUCGCAAGGACUGGCGUACCGUUCCAUCGUGGUUGCACGGUCUAACAACAGACGAUGCAAUCCCCGUGGGGACGAAAGAAAUGAUGGCACUGGGCCGAGCAGUAGUCAGUCGGUGGUUAGUGGAAGAAGUUUUCCAACGCCACUUUCACCCCGGGCUGGAACCGGGAUUUAGCAUUCAAUUGAAGAAAAUCGAGAUGAAUCUCAGAAGACAGCAAAUGCGACCGGUUACAGACGAGGACCGCGAAAACGCCAUCGCCAGACUUUCGAAUUGGCGUCGCACAACUUUCGAUGGACUUGGUGAUCUUCUGGCGACUCCAACCGCACAAGAACACCGUGCUGAAUUGAUCGAGCAUUUAACCGUUGAACUUGCUACAUUCCUAAGUACCCAACUUCAUGACCAAGCACUCCCGGGUCUUGAGGCGGGCGUGCGCAUGAUUAUCGAGAAUACCAUAAACAUCAUUGAGAAGAUCCCUCUGGAGGCUCGUGAUGUUUGCGUCGAGUACUUCCCGCCUAAUAUCUCCUUCCAUGACAAUUACAUGAAGGUUGAAGGUCAACUGCCUCCGCUUGCUCAACCCCCUCCACCGGCGGAGCAGGAUUUCGAAGAUGAAGGUGACUCUUCCCCUGCUUCGAACUCUACCGGUCCUGGAGGUGAUGGGCCAGCUCCUGCGCCACGUGAACGACCGAGGAGAUCAGUGUUCGGUGCCUUGAUGGGCCGUCGACCUGCGAAUGAGCAGUCCACUCGAUCUACAGGAGAGAAGACCGAGCAAGCUGAGCCGGCUCGAAUCCGAUUUGCGUCUUUCCUUACGGUUGAAGUACGUGGUAAGGGACCUGCGACGGUUUUGAUCAAGGCGCCUGUGUUCCUGAUAGAGUGA